UUUAUUAUAUAUAUAAAAAAAAAAUGCACUUAAUAGUUUUUUUUCCCCUACAAAAUCUAAGCUUUAGUCAAAGAUCUGGAUACCAUUAAGUUAGUUCAGUUCGUUUGGCGCUUCUUCAAGAGUGCCGUUUAGUCAGAUCAACUUCAUUUUCUUUCCCCGUAAUCUCAAUCAAGGCGAGAGACUCUCACUUCUUUUCUCUGAACCGGUUGGAACACUAGCUGCCUUUCCUUCAGUCCGUGACGCAGUACAGCUUCAGCAUUUCACCGCAUCAUGAACACACUUCAAGUGCAUUAAAGUGACCUGCCACAGCGUUUAAAUUAUUUCCUUCUGAGUUCGGCACGGGGGGCGUCUCUGGGCGAGCGCUCGCUACCGUGAACGCGUUCAGAAGCGGGUGUGAAGGACUGAUUCGAGAGCCGGGGGAAUGUCACGCGGGACUAGUCUUUACUAAUCGGAAGUCUUCCACAACUUCAACUACUGAAUGUAUAUAAUCUGCUGUUUCACAUGUACGUGUGCGCGCGUGAAUAAAUGGAUCUCAUGGUGUCCCCCGUUUGUUAUUUUUCAAAGUCUCAUUGCUGUGCUUUGAAGCAGUGAUUGUGCCGUGCUCAUUGAUUUGCAUCCAUCUUUUCUAGAGUUUGAUGACUUUCUAAUAAAAUGUCUGAGAAAUACGCUGAUUUCAUUGUUCGUUUGGUAACUGUAUGUCUUCUGGGUUUUGCUGUCAUUGCAGUCUUUCAUUUUAACAGCGCUGUUUAAAAACCCCCGGUGGUUUUACGUUAGGAAUCCUUCAGCUGACGUCACAAAUACUUCUUACUGCUUUGGCCUCUUCAUCCAUCUGCUUUCGUUUGAACGGGUCCGUGUGUUCGACUCUGAAAAGAAACCGCAAUUUUGAGGCCGACUCGCAAUUGCUAAAAACUUCAGAAGCACGCAUGUCUGCGUUCUGGAGCCGGAGCAGCUGUGCGUCGCUUUGGCGUUUCUAUCGAGACGUGUUUCGGGAAGUGUCUGCAGUCAUGUGCUUUCUUUGAGGACGCAGUCAUUGCAAUUAGCCGGGUAAUGCUGCUAAACGGUGCUGAAGCGCGGAGAGGGGAAGAGACUUGACCUUCAUUUAAAAGGUGUGGAACGCCAAUUAACCGGAGCACCCAAGCUUAGAGGAUGAGGGCACCUGCCUCUGCUUUCCCACGAUUCGGCCCCGCUUCACGCUUGAAAUCAUUAGCGCGUGAGGAAAAGUUUGCACCACUUUGUCCCCGAGCGCGUUUGGGGUUUGUUUUUUUUUUUCCGCCGCGACUUUCCCUUUCGCAGUGCGCUCCUUACCAAACGCCUAAUUUCUCCGAGCCCUGCCCUCAUUAGGAAGCGUUUAGAAACCUGCUGAAGUGAGAAAUGGGCCCGCGAGAGCUCGUUGUCCUAAUUAAACUUUGACAAGAAGAGUGACAAGAAGCAACGGAGGGGAAACAAUGGCAACAGUGUCCGAGUACGAGCCCGAAGCUGGGAAAGUCUUUGUCCCGCCGAACAAAAGCAUUUGUUUGCACGUAUUCAGCUCCACUCAACUUCACCAGGCCCAGGUGCAAAAACCAACUUGGUGAUGAACAUCAGAACGCAUCACACCUUGGCCCAUCGGAUGCCCGGCCCGCCGUCGCUUCGAAUCCGUCGCUCCGCCGGGAGAUCAAAGCCAUGUAAAUAUCGCCGGACAAUUAAUUCGCGCUCAUUACAUCCAGCGCUUGCCGUAAAAGACGCAAGCCGGCGGUGUUGGGUUUCAGAGGCGAGCGGGCGGGAACCCGGGGUCUAAAACGUUCCCCAACCUGCAGCCUUUCUCCACGUUUGAUCUCCUCGAGCUCCAUCGCGGAGAGCGGUAUCUGUGUGUUGUGUUUUGAAAGGCUGAUUCGCUGGCAGGUGGGACGGAGGCCGUGUUUGUCGUGGUGGGCGGAGUGCACGCUCGCCCAGAGGGGGAGGACCUUGACAAGUUCUUAUAAAGUCUGCUGGAUGGAGCGUGGUCUUCAUCUCUGGUGCACUUUCACUGAGACUGCGCUGCGAUGGCACAGAACGGGACUAUAGAGAACGGCCGAGACGCGUCCCCUGCGCCUCUGCCUCAGCCUGUGAAAAUCCCCGAGAUCAAACACACUAAGAUUUUUAUCAAUAACGAAUGGCGCACGUCAAUCAAAGGAAAGAAGUUUCCUGCCAUCAACCCCGCAACAGGUGUCAAAAUCUGCGACGUCGACGAGGCAGAUAAAGCUGAUGUGGAUGAGGCGGUGAGAGCUGCCCGAGCGGCCGGCCGGAGAGGCUCGGAGUGGCGGCGGAUGGACGCGUCGAGCCGCGGCCGGUUGCUGCACAGACUCGCGGAUCUGCUGGAGCGGGAGCGCGCCGUGCUCGCGACUCUAGAGUCAAUGGACACUGGCAAACCCUUCCUGCAUGCCUUCUUUGUUGAUCUUGAUGGCAGCAUUAAGACCCUGAGAUAUUACGCCGGCUGGACGGAUAAGAUUCAUGGGAAAACCAUGCCGGUCGAUGAAAACUUUGUGUGUUUUACCAAACACGAGCCCGUCGGUGUUUGCGGAGCCAUUAUUCCGUGGAACUUCCCUCUGCUGAUGUUUAUGUGGAAGAUGGCGCCGGCUCUGGCCUGUGGAAACACGCUGGUCAUCAAACCGGCCGAGCAGACCCCGCUGACGGCCCUUCACACCGGAGCGCUCAUAAAGGAGGCCGGUUUUCCACCUGGAGUGGUGAACAUCGUACCUGGGUUCGGACCAACGGCUGGAGCGGCCAUCGCCAGUCACAUGAACAUCGACAAAGUGGCUUUCACAGGCUCCACAGAGGUGGGUCAGCUGAUCAAAGCGGCGGCGGCCAAGAGCAACCUGAAAAGAGUGACUCUGGAGCUGGGAGGGAAGAACCCCUGUAUUGUGUUUGCUGACUCAGACCUGCAGUCGGCGGUGGAGGAGACGCAGAAGGGGGCGUUCUUCAACCAGGGUCAGGCGUGCACCGCCGCGUCGCGCGUCUACGUGGAGGAGCCGGUCUACGACGAGUUUGUGCGUCUCAGCGCGGAACGGGCCAAGAGCAUCCCGAUCGGAGACCCUCUGGAGCCACGGACCUCUCACGGGCCGCAGAUCGACCGGCAUCAGUUCGACAAGAUCCUGGAGCUGGUGGAGAGCGGGAGGAAGGAGGGAGCCAGGCUGGAGAGCGGAGGCCGUGCGGUGGAGGACCGGGGCCUGUUCAUUCACCCCACCGUCUUCUCCGAGGUCAAAGACCACAUGCGCAUCGCCAAAGAAGAGAUCUUCGGGCCGGUUCAGUGCAUCAUGAAGUUUAAGACCCAGGAGGAGGCGAUCGAGCGAGCUAACGGCUCACAGUACGGCCUGACCGCAGCCGUCUUCACGCGAGACGUCCAUCGAGCCUUGAGCGUGUCUGUGGCGCUGGAGGCCGGGACCGUCUGGGUGAACUGCUACAACGCUCUUCAUGCUCAAGCUCCGUUCGGAGGAUACAAGAUGUCAGGAAACGGCCGAGAGCUGGGAGAGUAUGCGCUGGCGGAGUACACCGAGGUCAAGGCCAUCACGAUGAAACUCGGCGAGCAGCUGACUCUGUGAUCUCAAGCCCAUCUGUCCAUCAACACAUGAAGAAACUCACUGCGGCUCCUUUCUGUUGAUUUCAUGUAGAUGUGCUGUAAAAAAGAGAGAGAGAGAGAGAGGAAGUCUGCGUUUUUAUUUUUUAUUUAAUUCGAAUGUUUUAAUAUCAAGCAAAGUCAUCCAUCACCUCUCAAUAUUUACUAGCAUGAAGACGUGUGUCCACGUCGCUGGAGUAGGUUUAUCGCCGUAGGUUCACAUUUUUGCAUCCACGCGUUUGUUCUGGAGGUUUCCUGUCGUGGCAGCUAAAUCUAAAUAUGUUACCAAGGAUAGUCUUUUGUGUGUCAAAAUACAUUUAUGUCAUAAUAUCAUACGUGUAAUUCGUCUUAAACCUGAGGUUUAAAUGAAAUCAUUUCUGCUCCACGCCAACAGAUCUGUACGAAAGACGUGACUAACUUCUGCUUUGUGAUGCUGGAUCAUGUUCUGCACUGUAUAUGUACAGUGUGCUGGCCUGCGUAUACUAAUGUAUAAUUAAACUGAUAAAGUGAUAUCCCUUUCAAAAUGUACAUACACAUCUUAUGACGGGUGAAUUGAUGUAACUGCUGAAAUAUAUUGUUUAAUUUGACUAUAGCUAUAGAUAAAAAAAGCUGAAUCAAUAAAGAAAAAUGAAUUUACCUUUUUUUAUUAUUUUGA